GCACAAAGCGAAUGAGAGGAAUUGAAACUCAGUCUGUAAUUACUCCCUAUCAAAACAAUUGUGCAAUUGAGCCGGUUCUUCAAGUCUGGCUUCCAACAAGGAUUGUCCACUGUCCCCUCAUAUACCAGUGACUGUGCUCAUUGUCAACACGGUCACCAGCUCUCAGCCUAACCCACUGACUGUCGUCGAAGACACUGAGACAGGUAUUGAGAUAGACAUGCUGAAGAAGGCUGAUCUGCAGCUCAGCUUCCCAGAGGUGAUCCGGAAAAAACGGGACCAGGAGGUGCUGACGGCCGAGGAAAUCCAUUACUUUGUCCAGGGCGUGAAGGAGAAAACCAUCAGUGACAGCCAAAUAGGAGCCGUACUAAUGGCGAUACGGCUGAUGGGGAUGAAUGAGGAUGAGACACUGAGCCUGACCAGGGAGAUGAUGUCCUCAGGGAAAGUAUUGCAGUGGCCGGAGGAGUGGCAGGGGACAAUGGUGGACAAGCACUCAACAGGGGGUGUGGGAGACAAGGUCAGCCUCCCCCUGGCCCCCGCACUGGCUGCCUGUGGCUGCAAGGUCCCGAUGAUCAGUGGCAGGGGGCUUGGUCACACCGGAGGAACCCUGGACAAACUGGAGUCUAUCCCGGGAUUUACCAUCAAUCUCAACCCAGAAGAGGUACUGGCUGAGGUUGGCUGUUGUAUUGUAGGACAGUCGGCUUCGCUGGUUCCCGUCGACCGGAUCCUGUAUGCCAUCCGCGACGUGACUGGGACUGUGGACAGCAACGCCCUCAUCGCAGCCUCGAUCCUGGCUAAGAAGGGAGCAGAGUCAUUGUCGGCAUUGGUGUUGGACGUCAAACACGGAGCCGCCGCCAUCUACACGGACCUUAAGAAAGCUCGGCUAUUCGCUCAUACACUGGUAAAGCUGGGGGAGAGGCUGGGGGUGCGGACGGUGGCGGUGCUGACGGCAAUGGACAGCCCCAUUGGGAGGAACGUGGGCAACUCGCUGGAGGUCAUCGAGGCCGUGGAAUGUCUGAGAGGCCGAGGGGACCCCGACCUGGAGGAGCUGGUCACUUACCUCGGGGGAUACCUGCUGUCUAUGUGCGGUAAAGCCCGGAGUUCGCAGGAAGGAGCGGGGAAAAUUGCGGAGGUGUUGCGGGACGGCACGGCCCUGGCACAGUUCCAGGCUAUGCUGGUGGCACAGGGUGUCGGAGCCGAAAAUGCCAAGCGCCUGUGCCAGGGCGAUCAACACGUCCUACCCCAGGCCAGACAUCAACAGCUACUGCGGGUGCCAACCACAGGCACAGUGCAGGGUAUCCGGGCGCUGCCGUUGGCUGAGGUGGUCCAUGAGCUGGGAGCAGGGCGUACAGUGCCAGGAGAAGCCAUCAACCACAGUGUGGGCAUCGAGCUGCUGUGCCGUGUGGGUCAGGACGUCAGGGCAGGGGAGGCCUGGCUGAGGGUUCACUACGAGACGCCGGAGCUCAGUGACAGUCAGCUCUCUCGCCUGCAGGGAGCGCUGAGCAUCAGUGACUGUCCCGUCACCAUCAGCAGCCGUGUGACUGAGAUCUUUAACAUCCGCCUGAGCAGGGCACAGACUGGGCUCAUUCGUCUCAUCUAACGCACGGUGUCUCUGACAAGGCGGCGCUCUCUUUCUUUACCCCCUGUGCUGGAGCGUCGGCCUGGCCUGGGGGGAUGGCGUUUGAUCCCACCAGCUGAGCGAUGCCAGUGGGUAAUGAAGUGAGAGUCUGGUUGGUGGGGAGGAGCGAGGCCAGGAACGGAUUUGAACAUGAGUGUGAG